AUGGCCGACCUACCAUCUGUCCGUGUCAACCAAGAAAGAGUUUUCUGCAACGUGGGGAUUGACUACUGCGGUCCGUUCCACAUCAAAGGCAGAAGAAAUCAGCCGCCGAUCAAGUGCUACAUCUGCAUCUUCGUGUGCAUGGCGACCAAAGCUGCACACCUCGAGCUGGUCACAGACCUUACCACGGAAGCCUUCAUCGCAGCGUUGAACCGGUUCUGGGCCAAGCGUGGCUAUCCACAGAACAUCUACUGCGACAACGCCACCAACUUCGUCGGAGCCGAUCGCGAGCUUCAGCGACUCCAGCGGCAGUUCGAGAUACAGCAGCACAAGUCCGCCGUUGUCGAUGUGUCCACUCGACUGGGAAUCCAAUUCCACUUCAUUCCCCCACGAUCACCAUCGUUUGGAGGACUGUGGGAAGCUUGCGUCAAGUCCGCAAAAGCCGUCCUGCUCAAAGUGACGAUGGAUUUACCCUACGAAGAGAUGCUCACAACAGUAGCGCAGGAAAGAUUCGCUGCUCCGGUUUCCGCGACCAAGAAAGAAUUCGCUGCUCCGGUUCCCGCGGCCAAGGAAGGAUUCGCUGCCUCGGUUCCCGCGACCAAGGAAGGCCAGCGUUUGCGAUCGCUCGUGCACUACCCAACAUCUUCGAACGUCUCGGCCAGAUUCGGACCAGAAAGUCCUCCGGCAAGGAAGCGCCAGCCGAAACAACAACCUGAUUCGUGA